AUUAAAACCACCAGCACCGGUGCGAAGACGAGGAAAAUAGCGGUCCACAAAAAUUGGUCCUCUCGCAGCGGCGGGGAGACCACCGUAGUUCUUGCGAAUCGUAAAACUUUUAACCCUAUCAAAUGUAAAAAUGUCUGGGUCUGGUUCUGGAAGAAUUCAUGUUUGUCAUGCUUGUCUGGCAUGAUUCUUAAAUCUGUCAUGCACGUUACCCAAGAGCUCCGUUUUUCUGUGAUGCAGAAGCGCAGUUUGUCAUGCAGAAUAGGCAACACCUAGGAGCUCAGAAACUUGUCAUGCUGAGCCAGCAUUUAUAGCCUCAUCAUGAGACGCCACCCAGCAUCACAAGUUUCCAGACCCAGACAUUUUUACUUUUGAUAAACCCGUGGGCGUGGCUGGUGAAAGUGAAGUCGCUCUACGCCUGUUCAUCGUUGGGGUUUUUGGCCCUCCACCUGCAGGAGCUCCUCCUAUUUUCGAUCGUUCCCUUGAUUGUCCUCAAGACCCUUCUGCGAGCAGAAGUUGAUCAGGAUGGAGAGCAGUGGGUCAGGAGUCGUUGGACCACUACAUGCGAUCACGACGACUUUUAUGCGCCUCUAACACGGAACGCGUUCUUCGACCUGCCGGGAAGAACGCCUCGCGGGACGACGGCGCCCUCUUCAGCUGCUGACGCCUGGAGGAGAGCUAGUUUGGAGUGGGACGCGGACAACAGCAGCUCCUACUAUGAUGCAUGGUCUAGAUCUAGGAGUAGAAGCAGAGCCACGGGGGCAUCAACAUCAACCACGAGCAGUACUACGCGGAAUAGCGCCAGGAGCCCGACCGUUUUUCAUUUCUACGCCGCCGCAGUGAGGCAACAGGUGAUGCGACGAGAAGUAGAGGAGCAGCAGGAGGUCGUGGAGGAGGAUUUUAUUUCCGAGGAUGUUUUUUUAGAUGUGCACCAGCAUCAACAUCAAGGCGGCGAGGACCUCCAGGGAACGACCACUUCUGAGGGGACGAAGAAGGAGGAAAAAACAACUGAGCAGCAGGGCGAGGUUGUGGAGGACUACAAGAGGUCGUUUGAAGAACUACUUCCCAAGGACGUCGACGAGGACCAAAAUGUAGUACUAGGCGAAAAUAAGCUUGAUGUUCCAGCAGUUCCGGUAAACAACAGCACCAACAUAUCCUAUGUAAAAACGUCCCCACCCCAUAGUCAAGAUGGGAAAUCGGCUAGACAAAUCCACAAGCUUUGGCUGUUUUGCAUGACAGAUUUGGACUCGUAGUCUAGUGCUGUUCGAGGUAGUUCAGCAGCAUCACAGAUCCAGUAUACCAUGCUGAUUGAAGCAUGACAAAUCUAAAAACGCGAAUAGAAAAUGCUUCUCAUGGGGCUCCGCAUGAGGGACAUUCUCAGCAUGCAGAUUUGCAUGACAAUUUUGGUGUGGGGGUGUUUUUAAAUACGAUACAACACAGCAAGAAUCCUUCGAGGAAGAGAUGACCACGACGAGGACGAGGAAAAGACGAGCCGCCGCCCCGGCGAAAUAAAGAGUACUAACACGGGCCUAGCACUAGGACCAGGGCUGGAGGAACGACAACAAACUUCAAGCUCAACUACAUCAUCGACAAGUAGAAUAAAACCGCCAUCCGAGGAGCAGGUGGCGCCGACAGUUCCGAAAAAAGCCGCGGAGGACAGGCGAGCGAUUCGCCGGGCGGAAGUCGAGAAAUGGGAAAAGAUCUAUCACACGAAAAAAGUGUUUCACUGUAUAGGAUUUUGCAACUUUUGCAUCACAUCAGCAAGUUUGUUCUACAUGACAAAUAAAAUUGUCCAUGCGAGUUUAAUAUUCCUAAGGGAAACCGCACCAGAAAAUUCGCUGUCUUACAUGUCUCGCAGAUGCCAAAAGCUAAAGCUUCUGUGUUGUUGGGUCCUGCUCCCCCCCCGCGUCACAAGUUAUUUACAAUGGAGCAGUCAUUUUUUCUUGCGAUAAAAUAAUGAGCGCAGACAAUCUUGCCACCAUGAAUUUUUCGCACCUCAACGUGUCCGCGGGACUUUUAGCCCGGCUCGAGCGGCGGCGAGAGGAACAGAAAACAGAAGUAGAAAGCUCGGAACAGCUCCACCUGCCCGACGGCACGACACCAGGCGAAGUAUUGUUGAACACCGGGACUACAUCAAGCACAACGAGAACGAAGAAAACCAUGGCCCGGUCUUGUUGGGUAGACGCCACGAUUCAGAACAAAAGAUGCAAGCAAGGACCUAUGUAUAGUGGUCAGGGGCAUUACUACGCCUCAGACUGCACGCCAAAGACUUGGUCCGGCUACAAUCCGCCACGCUUGCCCAAGUACAGUUAUGAUCACUUCUGUCAUUCCAGUUCCGGGUGUUCGGGGUUCGGGACCAUAUGCCACGAAGCACAGCACACCUACGACUUCGAUUACUGGGAUUUGCAAGCAGGCCAUACGUCCUGGGCUUGGUGGGAAUGCAAAGAAAACUGCAAAAAGGAUCGGUACUGCAAGUUCUACGCAACCAGAGAUGAUUAUGGAUGUGUCAGGAUUGAAAUCGUCAAAGUUGAAAUAGUUUGCAAUGCGUAAAAUGCAACGCAGACAUUGUCUCUAUUGCAGAGGAUGCAAGGGAGGCAGAUUGUAAGCCUGUUGAGGGGUAGAAAUAGAACUGCUAAAGUAGCAUGACAAAAGACGUCGCCCUUAACCAAACAGCAUGACAAACUGGAUUUAGGUUCUACUUAAAUUUGUCAUGCACCGCUUGGAAAUAGGGCUUCCGACUGGUAUCCGUUUUCUGCAUCACAAAUUAUUUCAACUUUGUCGAUUUCAAUUCUGACACUCCCAUAAUGAUUACUACUCGAUGACUUGCACACUGUACAACGCGUGCCCGGAAAUGGUGCCGAACCCCAAUCUAUCCUGUGCAAAAGUAUCGUACUCGUAUUGCAAUCAUGCAUUAUAAAUCUUUAUCUCAAGGUAAAUCCGCAUUACAAAUUUUCUCUCUCAUGCUGAGGAAAUUUGUAAUGCAUUUAUACGAGUACGAUCAUGCUUUUGCAGUUCAUACAAUCAGGAGCUCAUAUCCUCCUGCGCAGAAACGUCGUCCCCACCCCAGACGAGUCAAGGUGGGACAUCUGCUAGACAAAUCAACAAGCUUUGGCUGUUGCGCAUGAAAAGUUAUUUCGGCUCGACGCAAGGUAGUCGAAGUCCGAUGCUGGUGAGCGAGUGCAGCGGCAUCUUCACAGGUCUAGCCCCGCAUGCUGAUUCGAGCAUCACAAAUUUGAAAACCCAACUAAAAAAGACGAUGAAUGCUGCUCAUGGGGCGGCUCCGCAUGGGAAGCAUUUUACGCAUGCAGAUUUUUUGCAUGACGACUCUACUGAGGUGGGAGCGUCUUUAUUUUGGAUAGCUCACGCACUGCAAAAACCCUGAGUUCGGAGAGUGCGACGACCCCUAUACAGACUGCUAUGAAAUGCAAAUAUGUCUGGGUCUGGAAGAUUCUGAAGCUUGUCAUGCACGUUUUGCAUGGGCCACGAUGUCUGUGAUGCAUGCCCUAGCAUCACAGACUUUUUGAGGGCUUCGUGAUACCUAUUCCGCAUGACAAAUGCCCUCUCCGCGUAGCCAAAAUUGCAUUCCCUUUGCUGGUCAUGCAGUACAGAUUUUUUUAGAAUCCAAAUGCAGCAUCACAAGUUCGGAUUCUUCCAGACCCAGACAUUUUUACAUUUGAUAACUGCCUAUCCAAUGCAAAUAUGUCUGGUGGAAGUUGUUCAUUCACAUUCUGGAAAGACGCUGGAUGAAGUUCUGUAUACGCUUGGUUUGCAUGUGAAUCGGUUCGAGAGUGUACCCCAGUUCACGAACUAGUUCGUGAAGGUUCAGGGCAUACGAAAAAGAACAGAACCAUACGUAGUGCACGUGCCAAACCCCGAAAAAAGAGCAGGCAACGUGAGAAAAGAAUCCCGAUGAGCUACAGAGCAUAUCUUGCGGGCGCCAUAUGUCGCAAAAAGUAUGCGCACGGGAGAAGGUCGGGCCAACACUCACUCCGCACAAGCAGUGCUGCGCCGACGUGUGCGGCUGCAGUGCCGACAUGAGAAAAAACGAAGCGCCCGAGGCGGGCAAAAAAAAAGUAGUAAAAAAGCCGCCAAAGAAUAAAAUAUAAACAAAAAGAGAGCGCGAAAAAAAAGGCCCGCGAGGAGGCACAACAAGCCCCGCAAGGUCUUGUCUUUUGGCGCGCGCGCGCGCGAUUUUGGUUUGUGAGGCGCGAGGCGCUGCGCGACUAUUGUUUACGGUGGGACGGCUGGCGGUCGUAGGAUUUAGGGACGCUGCUUCCGAUCAAUGGGCGCACGAAGACCGAAGCUGUGCGCGCGGUGCUGGUUUCAAACAGAAAGCGGUCGAACGCUAGGGCCGAUCGCAGUCAACAUGGCUACUCUUUUCUGUAGUGACAGUAGAUUUGGGCUUGAGACCUGUGGCGCCCAUCAGUCACGGUGUGCGAUGCUGUGCCGCAGCACCAUCUAAAACGACGGCGCUGCGGCAUUGCAGGUACAGACCCGAACCGGGGGUCAGGUGAUACCUGACCCCCCGGGUCGAGUAAGUACCAGAGAGAUCAGGAGCGUGCCUUUGGGUCAGGAACGCCCCCCCUACAACUUCCCCUACCUGCAUAUUCUUUUGGCGUCGAACAUAUCAAAUGCCCUGUUUGUUCUAGGAUAUUUAGGCCCCGGGGCGGUAUUGAACUGGUAGGCACAUUGUUGAACCGCGGGACCAGUUGAACUGAUACACAUGCGCUUAAAUCAUCUUUGCUGCAUGAUUUUGAUUACAACAAUCAGCAAAAUCUGUGUUGCAUGAUUAACAAUUACAGCGUGACCUCUUUCGUCAUUUGAAAUUAGAAACACAGUUGUAAAAAUAAAUGCCCGCUACGCAUGAUGAAAAGGCGACUCAGCUGAAAUUUGUAUAUGCUUGUGGCUGAACUUCUAGCCCUGCAAAGGAAGCUCCAUCAUUACAAGUUUUCAUUUUUCUAGAUCGAGAUGACUCAUCAAGACAUAUUUGCAGUGUGGAUACUGCCCCAGCUGCUACAAAAAAAGGACCACCACGUUCACAUCACAGUGCGACGGACGGCCCAGGUGCAACCUUGCUGGCAAUACGGCCGAUCGGGACCUGUGCUGCGAGGUCGCCGAGUGUAGCGACCCGAGUACCGCCGCAAAGUACGGCUACCGCUACGAGAAACAAAGCAACUACGGGGGCACCGCCCUGACGACCGUGGUGCAGCCCCGGGCCUACGUGAGGUUCUACCAGUGCGGGCAAAGUGACCGGGCAGCGCCCGGGGACGGGUGGCAGACCUCUUCGCAACUCCUCUGCCAUAUCCCACAGAAACAAGCAGGCAGGCUACAUAGUACAUGUUGUAAUGCAAAAAUAACAAACUGAAACUACACAACACAGAAAAAUCUGUACUGCAUACCCUAAAAGCACUCUAUGCUGGGCUCGCCCAUGACACCAUUUUCUGCCAUUCAUUUUUUGCAUUUUACAAGUGCCAGCUUUUUUCUGUACGAUAUGCCACCUGACGCACCGCUCCGACACGCCCUCCUACAAUUGCCCGGCGAGCUCGGAUAUGCAUUGCAAAAGUAUCGCACUCGUAGUAAUUGCAUUCAUGCAUUACAAAUUUGCUUCUUCAUGUAAAUCCACAUGACAAAUUUCAUUUCUCAUGCUGGGGAAAUUUGUAAUGCAUUCAUACGAGUGCGAUACUUUUGCACAGGAUAUCCGGGUCGCUCGUUCUCCGCGGCUGCUACGAGCGGUGCGACACGUAUGGAAGCGUCAGGUUUGAAAUCGACAAAGUUGAAAUGAUUUGCCAUGCAUAAAAUGGAUGCCAGUUGUAACCCAGUUUCGAAGUGGCGCAUGACAAAUCUGGGUAGAGCCGAAAUCCAGGUUGUCAUGCUGUUUCGUCAAAGAAGACUUCUGCUCCUGUCGUGCUAUUUUAGCAGCUCAGUUGCUACCCCUCAACAGGCUUACAAUCUGCGUCACUUGCCUACUCCGCAAGACAGGCACUUUGUGGGCUGCAUUUUUUGCAUGGCAAAGCAUUUCAACUUUGACGAUUUCAAUCAUGACGCUUCCAUAACACGGCCAAUUUUAACCAGUGCGUUUUGAAAAUGUAUUACGACAAAAGCGGGUCAGAUAUUCUAUCAAAUGUAAAAAUGUCUGGGUCUGGAAGAUUCUGAGAUUUGUCAUGCAUGUUUUCAAUGACCCAGGAUGUCUGUAAUGCACGACCGCGCAUCACAGAUUUUGAGCUGGCUUCCUGAUCCCUACUCCGCAUGACAAACGCCCUCCCCGCGGCGUAGCACAAACUAGACUCCUCUUGCUGGUCAUGCAAUACAGAUUUUUCUAGAGUCCAAAGUUAGCAUCACAAGUUCCAAUCUUCCAGACCCAGACAUUUUUACAUUUGAUAUAUUCCUCAUGGCGGGGUGGCUGGUUCGUUCAGCAAGGGCCGCGACAAUUGCGCGAAACGGGAAAGCGGGAGUCAUAAAUGCACGCAUCUCGUUCAUAAUCAGGGGAACUCCGGCUACACCUGGACGAAAAAGGGCGCCUUUCCGACGAGCGGCUUCAUUGACCGUCGCACCGCGGGCGACCGCCACUAUCUGAAAAUGACCGACGCGUGCCGAAGCCAAACGCUGAUGCGCACCAACGACGGGAUGUGCGGGUCCGAUUGGCCGUCGACAGACUGGUAUGAAAUGCAAAAGCAUCGUACUAGUAGAAAUCGCAUGACAAAUUCCCUCAGCAUGAAAAAUGGAAUUUGUAAUGCGGAUUUAGGUUAAGAAGGAGAUUUGUAAUGCAUGACUUCGAUUACUACGAGUACGAUACUUUUGCACAGCAUAACUGGGCCGCGGCAUGCUCCUCGCACCAGUGCGACGAUGAGGAGGACCGCGACACGUGCUGCGUCCAGAAGUGCACUGGCCCUAACUCGAGCACGGGGUAUAUCAUUUGUAAAAACGUCCCCACCCCAGAGUUGUGAUGCAGAUUUGCAAUGACAGGAACAUUUGUGAUGCGUAUCUCCAUGCGAGGCGUUUCUAUUCGUGUUUUGGCAUUUGUAAUGCUGUAACCAGGAUAAGCAGAUGGAUUUGUGAUGCGUGUGUCCUUGCUAGCCUGCACUACACUACGGACUGGCACUUGUGAUGCGUGACGAGUCCCAAAACUUCUAGGUUUGUGUUGCAAAGUCCCCAUCUUGACUAUGGGGUGGGGACGUUUUUACACAGGAUAGGGUACGCGUGGAAAUCAGGGUCCGGCGUGUCCUCCUGGACCCAUUUGACGCACCGGGGCCAAAUAUGAGAGUGCACAACCUUCCCUCAUAGUCAUAUGUAUGCUAUGGACUGCAAUACAAACACCAGCACACAUCCAGACUGCGCAUGACAAGUUCAUGAGCGAAGUGUAGUACUUACUGUUUGGGCUUCCGGAAUCUGUCAUGCAAACAAUGCCACAAGGACAAGAAGGCAGCAAUUGCAAUUGGAUUUGGGAUUUUGCAUGAGAAAAGAGAACGAGGGGGAGUUGUGUACUUUCAUACCAAACGCACGCCGCGCGACCGGGGGACGACGGCUUUGCGCGGCAGGGGUGGCAGGGCGGAGGGCUACAGUGCGGCACGGGGUUCAAG